AUGACGACAUUGCUAGCCUGCCUUCGGACGGACCACUACAGCACGCUCAUCCGAGAAAUGCUGCAAGCAGACGAAGCACUGCUCUUGCUCCAGCUCGCAAACUUGCCGGAGCUGGUUCAGAUCAAAUGGGCACACCGGCUGCAAAAGGCCACUGCGAGGAUUCGCAGCGUCAUGGACCCUCUCAGAGACAUCCAGCUGCGAUUCCCGGGCUUCUUCUGUCCAAUGACCAUCAGAUGCAGAAAGCGCGGACACCGAUCAGACCCGAUAGUGAGCCAGGACAAUGCCGAAGACCUUCUGCGUUGGUUGAAGAGCAACGAUCUCGCGGCCUUCACUCCCGGCGAAGCGGUCCUGGUCAUGAACGCCUGGGAAAAGAGCCGAAGAAGCGCUGGAGCCAAAUUGAGCGACUUCCUCCAAGAAGCAAACGCCGAGUUCUACUACUCGUACAGAUUCACCGGAAACUGCCCUUGGAAGAAAGCAGCCCUCACGCAGUUCGAGCAACAACGAAAAGCGGUGCUGGAGGAACAUCAGCAAGCUUGUCUUGUGGCCACGCAACUGUACCGCCAGCCACGUGACAUCAAGCGGGUGAAGUUUUUGCCUCACCAUGGCCACGACGCCCUGCCGCUGCUGCAGCUGGCCAAGUCCCCGGAGCUGAAGCAAGUCCGAUGGGCAUGCCGCCUGCGAGAAGCCACAGCCAGAAUUCGCCGCGUCAUGGACCCCCUCAAGACCACCCAGCUGCGAUUCCCAGGCUUUGUGCGCGCCGUGACCAUCAACUGCAAACGCAGAAAAGGAUGGAAGGCAUCCCGCCCAGUGAUAACCAUGGAAAACGUCCAAAACCUGAUGGGUUGGAUGGACGACAACGACUUCGCCGGCUACACGCCCAGCGAAACAGUACUGGUGAUGAACGCCUGGCCCAAAAGCACCAGAAACACGGGGGCAGAACUUAGCGAUUUCCUCCAAGAAGCAAACGCUGCUUUCUACUACAUGAUCAAUUUCGAGGAAUCGCCGCCCAGCAACCGUAGAGCAGCCAGGUACAUAAAGACAGUUGUGUUUUUCCAGUACAAAGGUCUUGCAGGUGUCCUGGAAAUGCAGGAUGCAGCGCCCUGA